GGCUAAGAGGGUGCGCGCGCCGCCAGGGAGCGUUGGCGGUGAUUGGCCAGAGGGCGGAGGCCGGCUAUUUGAAGGCGGCGCGCGUACGAGGUGCGCACUUCUGUCCGAAGAAGAGACUGGAGUGGAUUUUGUCAACCCUACCCCGCUGAUCCCGCUACCGGACCCAGACGCGGCCUCAGCCACAGCCCCUGGCCCUGCCCCUGCCCCUGUCCCUGCUGCGGCGCGGUGAGGCGAGGCGAUGGCCAAGGUGUCGGUGUUGAACGUGGCGGUACUGGAGAACCCGAGCCCUUUCCACAGCCCCUUCCGGUUCGAGAUCAGCUUCGAGUGCAGUGAAGCCCUGGCGGACGACCUGGAGUGGAAGAUCAUUUAUGUUGGCUCAGCUGAGAGUGAGGAGUUUGAUCAGAUCCUAGACUCGGUGCUGGUGGGCCCUGUGCCAGCAGGGAGACACAUGUUUGUCUUUCAGGCCGACGCCCCCAACCCAUCCCUCAUCCCAGAGACUGAUGCUGUGGGUGUGACCGUGGUCCUCAUCACCUGCACCUACCACGGACAGGAGUUCAUCCGAGUGGGGUACUACGUCAACAAUGAGUACCUCAACCCCGAGCUGCGGGAGAACCCGCCCAUGAAGCCAGACUUCUCUCAGCUCCAGCGGAACAUCUUGGCCUCGAACCCCCGGGUCACCCGCUUCCACAUCAACUGGGACAACAACACGGACAGGCUGGAGGCCAUAGAGAACCAGGACCCCUCCCUGGGCUGCGGUCUCCCACUCAGCUGCACUCCUAUCAAGGGCCUAGGCCUCCCGGGCUGCAUCCCUGGCCUCCUCCCUGAGAACUCCAUGGACUGCAUCUAACUGCCGGAACCAAGAGUGUCCCACCACACUGGCAGGGGCCACCCAGGCCUCCCAGCGAGUCCUGCAGGGCCCAUCUAGAGGACUUUGGGGGCCAUCAGCUGCAUCCGGGCCUGUCAAACUCAGCCCCUAGGAAAGAACAGGCCUCAGGUCUUCCCCAGUCCUGGCUGAGAAGGAUGAUCUCACUUCUGUACAGGCUUAUAAGAAGCAGGUACUUCAGUUCUUAAUUCAUUCUGAUUUGUGUUCUUUUCGCCUUCCACACACAUCAUCAAUUCUACCUGAGGCCAUUGCGCCACUGUGCGCCCUUGAGUGCCACAGACCCAGAGCUUUCCCACAGACCUCCCUGGCCCGAGUAGUGACUUACCUACUCGGUCAGUGCCUGCCAAGUUUCUGGUCCUGCUGAGCCAAAGGCUGUCAUUCCUUUGUCUUCCCACACAUCUGAGCGGAUCCACUCUAGCCUUUAGUACCACAGGCAAGAAAUCUUGGUCAGUAGGUAGACUCGGAUCCCAUUUCCAUCCUGCUCCCAGGAAGAUUCUUGGGUCUUCAAUCCAGCAGCCCCUGGAAAACUCUAUUCCCAGAGGUAUGAUCAGCAGGAUGCUGAGGAACCAUGUUGCCUUUCCUGUCAAUCACAGCCACUCUCCUGUUAUCUCCUAAAGGGAUCUGGCUUUCCCUGGAGGCUGCCAUGGUUGGAAGAUGGUAUCAGAGGGCCCUGGCUGUGCAGUCUGUCUCCGGGUCAGCCCUCUGCCUCUGGCUGCCUUAAUUGCCCUCUGCUAAGACCAGGGUGAUUUCAAGCCAGGGAAGCAACUGGGACUCUGAAAACCGUCCCACCCCAGCCCGCUCCCCCUCUCUGUGCCCCGGUUCCCUCUCUGCCAUGUGGAUGCUGUUGAGAUUGCUGUUUGUAUAUUAUUAAAAUGUUUUUAUAUUAAAAAAUAUUUGGUUGGUCUGAAAAUUUAAAGCACUUCGUUUAGAAUG